UCCUCCUCUGUUCACUUUCUCCGUGCGUCGCCCUCCGAGCGGCUGGACCUACCGUCCUAAGAGGUUUACCUGCCCACGGCCACGGAUUUACCGGUCCACGAGGGUGAAUCCGAACCCACGGACGUGACGCGAGCCCGUGUCCGCUCUGACGAUCAGCAGCAGAUCAAAAUACCUUCAUCUUGUUGCUCCUCCGGGGGAUAAAGCCGAGGUUUUGUGUGGAUCUGGUGUUUCUGUACAAGAGGGAAACAGAAGGAGCAGGUCUGAGGUCAAGGCCCCCCCCCCCCCCCCAACCCCCCCAGAGUCACAUGUCAGUGUGAGGCACAACCCCCGAGGUUGCUAUCGCUACACAGUCCGACCUAAAUACUUGGAUCCUCAGUUGGAGGAGCUACAGGCUGCGCUUCACUCCUCAGGACAUCACUGUGUGUUUGCUUUGUGGAGUUUUCAGAGACGCCGUCGUCCCCACAGAGACAGAGACCAGGAAACGUCCCCUUCCAGAGCACCAUGCCGGCAAAGACGCCCAUGUACCUAAAAACUACAACACCCAAGAAAGGGAAGAAACUGAGGCUUCGGGACGUCCUGUCAGGAGACAUGAUCAGCCCGCCUCUGGGCGACGUCCGCCACAGCGCCCACGUGGGACCUGAGGGCGAGGGCGACAUGUUUGGAGACGUGGGCUUCCUUCAGGGGAAGAUGGACAUGCUGCCGACGCUGAGUCGAGCGCAGAACGGGCGCUCGCACAGCGUGGACCGACACCAGGACGAGGGCUUCGGCGCCAAACCGGACCCACAUGACUACUCGUACAACGGCUUCCACUACCAGCACAGCGCCGCGGGGCUGCUGAAGACCACCAUCUCCAUGCCCGUGUUCAUCGCUCACGAACAGGCCCCGCCCAAACCGCCACGCCUCCACCUGGGCGACCCCUCCCCCCCCUCACAAAACGCAGAGUCGGGCCACAGGCAGGCUCCGAGCGGCGGUCAAGACCCGAGUGUGACGCUGUAUGAGAACAGCGUGGUGGGACACUUCGCCUCCGAGCCCUGCCGGAACAUCUCCCUGUCCCCCACCAUCCGCAAACUUGUCCCCUCCUCCGGGUCCUUCUCCGAGGUCUCCUCUGAUGACUCCUUAUCGGAGACCUGCGGGCCCCUGGACGUUCGCCGGGGCCUCAGUCUGGACUCGGACGCCGGUCUGAGUAACGAGGACCUGAGGAGCGAACGCAGCGAGUCCCCGUGCACCCCCUUCCUCACGGCGCCGUCCAGUGUGUCCCGAUCUGACUCUAUGGCCGGGUUAGACCUGGACCUGGGGCCGUCGAUCCUGGACGACGUCCUGGGCAUCAUGGACCGCUACAAGACCGUGGACGACCGCUGUGAGCUGUGAGCGUGGACGUACGAUGAGCUGUACAUACGGGGUUUAUACCCGGUUUAAAGGGUCAACGUGUGUUUACGUGAUCUUUGUGUUUGAGUCUGUUUAGUCGUUUUGCCUCCGUUUCUGAAUUAACAUCAUCAUCUAUUUGAGGUUAAGUUUCUGUCCACCACUAUGCUGGCAUUUUGGAGACAGAAGUGACCAUAUUUGGAGAAAAGGGCGGAGAUAGAGGAUUGUGAGUGUGACGUGUGAGCUAAUGCUAAACUGCCACUCACUGAGGUCAAAGAGCUGUAAACUACAUAAAAUAUUCAUGUCAUACAGUCAUUUGAGGGUCUUGUUAGUGUAAUUUAAUCCAUACAACUACAGACGAGUUUUUUGUCAGGAAAAAAUAUGAUUUAUUCAAUAAACAGAAGCUGCGACAGGUGAAUUUGCUGAAUUUAAGCCUAAAUUCCAGACAUCAGUCGUCUAUUCAGCCUAAAAUAUUAUGAACAGAAGAAUAUUUUACUGAAUGACCUCAACACUUAUUAGAGAAUCGAAAUAAAAUGAAUGAGACCAGAAUGACUGCCUAAAAAAUGGAACAUUUAGAGAGAAAUUCACUGGAAGUUUAUGGUUUCCACUGUUUACUGGAGCAGCCUCUAGUGGCUGUCGGUGGUAUUACACUUAAAGAUGCUGAGGCUUCUAUCUUAUUGUUACGGGAAAAUGUUUUGAUGUAUCACAGCUAAUACUGAGGCAGAUUUAAUUAAUAACACGCUAAAACAUAAAAUUCCAGCAGGGGAACAAACAUAAGUUGCUUAUAUUUUUGUAUUAUUUCUAGUUUUAAGGCCCAUUAUGGGGUGUUUUUUUGUAACUUCCUGAUCUGUCAUAUGAUUUCUCCAGGCUCCGCCUCUUUUGAACAUCAGGGGUUGAUCAUUGCAAUGGGAGAGAUGAACAUGAUAUACAGAUUAUGGUCAGUUAUUUCACCCUAUAAUCAAAAAAUAAAAUAUUAGACCCAUAUUUGCAAGAUUACUGAAAAGUCUGACCAUAAAAUGACAUUUUUCAGACUGAAAAUUCAGAAGAAAACUGACUUUGUUUGAUCCCUGGCAGGAUCAAGCAACACAAAUCUAACCUAAAAGGAGGUAAAAACAAGAAAAUAAAAUGAAUAACAGUAUGAUUUUGAGUGCACUUGAACAGCAAGUAACAGAAACAAGCAUGAUGGAUAAGAUUAAAACCAGAACAAGAAAAUUACAAACGAAACAAGAAACAAAGAACAGGAUCUGUUUUCUGACUUUAAAAAAUAGGUGGAUUUGUGUGUUUAUUUGAAUCAAAUCCUUCGAGUUAGGAGUAAAACACAUGAUUCUGUUGUCAUAUUAAUCUACUUGCAUCCACCCACUGUAAAUAAACAGCAUUUUUAAGCUGAUGAGGGAGUCGAUAACAUCAACAAACAUGUUCCGAUCCAACACAAACUUCACGUAAACACAUGAAUAUUACACAUUGAACCUUUAACACAUCCUCCCAAACAGAGACUAAAGGAGGACGACGGACUGAGCUGAGGAGGGUGGAGGACAUGUGACGCUAACAAAAGACUUAAAGAGCGAGGAGGCGAGUGCUGGGACGUUUGUGGACGACACGGCGGCGGCCAAGGCGACGGGCUGGACCUCAGAGCCUUCGUUAAACCUCAGACUGUGAUUUUAUUGUUUCAUGGGUUCUGCUGUUCGUCCACAUGUCGGCUUUUUUAACGCUUCAUAUCCAGCACUUAUAAAUGUGACAGUGGGAUUCAGGAGCAGCAGCUGUUUGUCUGUGGUCAGAGUCGAACUGUGCUCUGUGUUUUCUACUCAGAUCCUGUUGGUCGUGGUCUGAAGACUGACCCUCGUCCAGGUCCAUGUGGUCCAUAAUGUGGUCCAAACCUGCCUCCUAGUGCUGCUGUCUGAAAUCACACAUGCAGAUUUCAUUCUUUUAACCAGAGGAAAACACUGUCUCAUACCGUUACUGUUAACAAGAUGCUGCUUCGUGGGUGAUUUUCACAUUUUUUAAAGACUCUUCUUCACUGUCGCCUCCUCAACAUUACCUGUCUGCAUUAUCACAGCAGCCUAUUAUUCAAUGUCAUUUAUGUUGUACAUAUAUAUAUAAAUAUUACAUUAAAUAUAUGAAUAAAACGUUCCUAUAAAGAAA